CGGUGGCAGCGGCGGUCAGUGAGCGAGUCCCGGCGGCGGCGGUAGUGAUGGAGACAGGAAGGUAGAAGCAGGCAGGCGGAGGCGGACAGUCGGUGGUUACGAGGGCGACAUGUUGGACACGUCCGUGUGACUGUGCGCGUGGCGGGCGAUCUCUAACGCGUGAUCCCGUGCGUUAUUCCGGGUCUCGCUUAUUCGUCGAUCUUGCGUGCGUGCGUGCGUGCGUGCGUGCGGACGGGCGCCGAUACGCGCGGGUAACCGCGAGGUGCGCGAAGUGAGGCGAAUCGCGCGACACAUACCACGCACACGUCGCGCUGCUACAUGUGAAGUGUCGCGAGAGGAUAAUUAUUCGCCGUCGCGCCCGCUGGUUUAUCCGGCCCAGCAAACAUGAGCUGGGGUACGGAGCUCUGGGACCAGUUCGAGAAUCUGUCCCUGCACACACAGAAAGGGAUAGAGUUUCUCGAGAGGUAUGGCCACUUCAUACGCGAUCGUUGCGCAAUCGAAUUCGAAUACGCAGCGAAGCUCAGGCGUCUCGUAAAGAGUUAUCAACCGAAGAAGAAGGAGGAGGAGGAUUAUCAAUAUAGUCCCUGUCGGGCGUUCAAAAUGGAGUUGAACGAAGUGAACGACCAGGCCGGCCAGCGAGAGGUGAUCGCGGAGAAUCUCCAGGCCAACGUCCUACGAGAACUUAACAUCCUAGUUAAGGACUUCAAGGAGGAUCGUAAGAAGCAUCUGCAGGAGGGCGCACGGCUGAUGGCCACCCUGGCCGGCCAGAUCGGCAAUCUGGAGCGUGCCAGGAAGGCCUACGAGAAGGCCUUCCGCGAGGCGGAGCGCGCCGUGGAGAACUAUCAGCGAGCGGACGCGGAUCUCAAUCUUUCGAGAGCAGAGGUUGAGAAGCAGAGGAUGAAUAUGACCAUGAAGACCCAGCAGAGCGAGGAAGCCAAAACGGAGUACGCGAAUCAACUGCAAAAAACGAAUGACAUGCAGACGUUACACUACCACACAGCGAUGCCGGAAGUGUUUCAACAUCUCCAGGAGCUGGAUGAAAAGAGGAUAAAGAACAUGCGGAAUUAUAUGAUGAAAUCGGUGGAGAUCGAGCGGGCGGUGGCGCCGAUAAUUGCCCAGUGUCUAGAUGGCAUUGAGAAGGCGGCGAACGAGAUCAACGAGAAGGAGGACACGAUGUUGGUAAUUGAACGCUACAAGAGCGGUUUCCAGCCUCCUGGAGACUUUCCCUUUGAAGACCUAUCACUCGCUAAGACCUAUGAUAGCAACAGUCAAUUGGCUCAGCCGGUUAUGCAGCCGAUUCAUAAUCAUCUCACGGUCAAGGGCACCGUUUCCGGUGGCAAGAUCAAGAAGAGGGUCGGCCUUUUCGGAAUUUUCGGCAGUAAUAAGAAGUUGAUCGAGGUGUGCAUAGCUUUAAAGAAUAAUGUGCCUGGCUACGGUGACGGUGCCAAGGAGGACUGCAGCGAUCUGCCACCGAAUCAGCGGAAGAAGCGACUACAGCAGCGACUGGACGAGAUCCAGGCGAAAAUCCAGCAGGAAACCGCGGCAAGGGACGGUCUGAUGAAGAUGAAAGGCGUGUACGAACAGAAUCCUGCCCUCGGAGAUCCAAUGAGUAUAGAGGGACAAUUAAAUCAGUCCAGUAACAAGCUGGACAAGCUUGGAGUCGAAUUGGCAAAGUUUCAAGGCUACCUCGAAGAAGCGAUGCGUGCUGGUGCCAGUUUGUCUAGCCCAAGUCAAGCACAGCGAAAACCUACUACUAAUGGUUCAGCAACGAGACCGUUGAGUUCACGAAGAGGUAGUCAUUCGGGAGGCGAGGAGAGCCUUUCGAGAUCCGCUUCAGACUCGAGUGUCUCGAACGCGAACGCGAAUCAACCGGUUCACAAAAAGAGCGCACCGAGCACACCACAACCGACUCAUGGUUCCACGAACAGCCCGGAAUCUGGCCUCGGCGAAUCGAGAACGUCGCUACCCGGCAGCGGCGGCGAGGAGUAUUAUCAUGACGAGGUGGAUGCUCAGCCGCCACUGGGAACAUGUCGGGCGCUUUAUCCUUUCGAUGCGACUAGCGAGGGUUCUAUACCGAUGUACGACGGCGAGGAGCUGUACAUGAUCGAGCUGGACCAGGGAGACGGUUGGACUAGAGUACGACGCAUCUCACAGCCAAUCGAGGGCUUCGUGCCGACCUCGUACAUAGAGUGUCACUUGUACAACACUUAGCCGCUUCUCUUAGGUUGAUAAAAGAGAACUGUGCGACACGGAACCGCUCAAAGGUGUUUAUGAACGAGGAUGCGUAACGCAUUUGGCGCCGUCAAAGACUCGAGGGUUGUGUGUUGGAUAGGAAUUGGCACAAUAUACUAGAACAACAACAGUGGAUCACAGGCCUAAACCCAAUAAAAUAGAAAGAUUCUGAAAUUCAAAGACACAGGAACUUAUAGACAUGGACAGGAUAUUGAUGAAUAUUCACAAACGAAGUAUAUAACAAGAUUUGUUUUAAAAUUCACAAGAUUGAUAAAGACAAAAUUUCUCAUUUACGAAUUUGAGAAAUUAUUCCUAAAUCUAAAGAUCCACAGUUCCAGAAGAACACAAUCUAUAUAAGUAGAAGCAUUCGCGGAACCGGAUUAUUAUGCUAAUAUUCUCAUAUUUAAUAAAAUUGCGAUCACUAUCGGUUGUCAUGUAUAAACAUCUCCAGCACAUUUCCCAAGGAUUCCUGUUCGAUCGUUCGGCCGAUAGAUCAGGAAAGAACAAAGGAACAAUACGUUACGGACAAAUGCCCCGGCUUUGUGAUCAAUCAAUCUAAACGUAAUAUGGAUAGAAGCUCAUUUUUGAGCUUAUUAUAGACCUCUAAGAGACAUAUUUCGCCCUUAUCUGGAUUUAUUUAAUGUUUUAAUACUUUGUCAUACAAUAAUUACUCUAGCAAUUAUCUGUUAAAUAUUUAACAGAUUUUAUUAUUAAUAGCGAAUGUAUUAUUUAAAUGUACAUUAUUUUUGCGUCCUAACCGUGCGAUUUUUUUUGUUUUUUUUUUAAUGAAGGCUUGCGGCGGCCCUACAGCCUUACCUGCAUUAUUUUAAAAUUUAUAAGUUAUAAUUAAUGGCUGUUAAUUAUUAAUUAUGAAAUUUUUUAAAUGGCUGUAUUAUUAUAUAUUGUGAGAGAAAAUUCUGUUAUGCGCGGGGGACUAUCUUGAGACCUGUAUUUUUUUACGUUCCAUUCUCGUCGAAAUUAUUACUGAUGAUAACAGUUGCUACUUUAUUAAUUUCGAAAGUUUUUAUUUAGAAAUAUUAUAUUGCAGACUGUGUACUAUGUUUCACUGUGUAAAUAAAUAAUUUUUUUUUCUAAUUAUUUUAAAAUAGUUUUAUACGAAGGGCCACGAUGGUCCUAAAGUCUAUCUACGGCAGGAAACUCACGAAUCCAGAAAUAAGGGUUGAAUUUAGGCAUCUGUAUGAUAGCGUUGUGUCCAAUCAUAUACAUAUUCAAUUGUAUGCAUUUGUCACUUUUAAUCCUUGAGCAGGAGCAAGCUCCUCGAACACAGGAGAAUUGCGUUAUUGGGGAUAAUUAUGUAAAAAAUAAUUAUUUAAAAUUCGCAAUUAGAGAAAAUGCCAAAUUUUAGUCGUUAUUAAAAUGAUAAUUAACGAAAAUAGUGCAAUAUUCUGAUUAAGGAGCUUGAGUCUUUUGUCCGUGUCUAAACUUGUGAGUUUUUGAGAUCUCUUUUAAAUUUUACAUAAACGCGGCUGCUUAAGGAUUAAAGCACUAUGUCUUCAUGAAGAGUCGAUAGUGAAAUGGUCCUUAAUGCAUUCACGCGACUUCUCGAGACGUAUCCUUUUUCCGUGUAGCUGUGCACGAGCGAGACGUUUAACCCCGUUAAGAAGAAAAAGAAGAUGUAACUACUUUAGUAAUAAUAAUUGCGCUCUGCCUACUCGUUACUCGCAAAUUAAUCACGACUGUAACCGUCGCCGCACCGAAGUUUUAUCGUUCUUAUUCUUUUGUAUACUCGACAUUAUAAAAGGUGGCCGAUUGUUUCACGGAUACGGCUCACUACCAUGCUGAAUGGCUGAACACGAGACUGAUCGCCGCUAGAGUUUCGUCGUACUCACGCGAAUCGAACAGAAUCUUGAUGUUAACUCGUAAUCGAAAUCGUAAAGUCCAACGAAAUUUUAGAAUAUAAUGGCAAGAGAAGAAUUUAAAAAAUUGUAAAAGAAAGCUAGAAUACAUAUAGCCCAGGAUUAUAAAAUUUGGCGUGGC